AAACGGCGAGAACUUCAAAACUCUUGAAAAAACGGUAGAAGAACAUCUCCCUCACGCGCGCCCACACACAUACACGCAACAAAAGGAAGAAGAACAAGAAAAAUCUGAAAUGGAUUCUACCUCUGCCCAACGUCGCUUGAAAGCCAUUCACGGCCAUCUCCUUGCCAACGCCAGCGAUCCUCAGUCGCGGCAGCAGCUCGUCGAAAAAAACCAGACUGCAGGCGAGUUCGCUCACGGGAAUGGCUACAGUGUAGUUCUUCCGGAAAAACUGCAAACAGGAAAGUGGAAUGUACACAGAUCAGCACGCUCUCCUCUGAAGCUUGUCAGUAGAUUCCCGGAUCAUCCCAACAUUGGAACCUUGCACGAUAACUUUGUGCAUGCGGUCAACACUUUCCAAGAUUUCAAGUAUUUAGGUACACGUAUUCGGGUAGAUGGAACAGUUGGCGAGUACAAAUGGAUGACAUACGGAGAAGCAGGUACUGCCCGUUCUGCAAUAGGUUCUGGCCUAGUAUAUCAUGGUAUAACUAAGGGAGCUCGUAUUGGACUAUAUUUUAUCAACAGGCCAGAGUGGAGCAUCAUCGAUCAUGCCUGCUCAGCAUAUUCUUACAUUUCUGUUCCUUUAUAUGACACUCUCGGACCGGAUGCUGCUAAGUAUGUUGUAAAUCAUGCUGGUGUAGAGGCUAUGUUUUGUGUACCAGAAACAUUAACGACGUUGUUAAGCUUCUUAUCUGAGAUUCCAUCUGUACGUCUAAUGGUGGUAGUUGGAGGGAUAGACAAGCAUAUUCCAUCACUUCCAUCAGCAACUGGAGUAGAGAUUAUAUCCUACUCAAAGCUACUCCAUCAGGGAAACAGUAAUCUUCAGCAGUUCUGCGCUCCAAAACCUGAAGAUAUUGCAACCAUCUGCUAUACAAGUGGCACGACUGGCACCCCAAAGGGUGUCGUAUUGACUCAUGGAAACUUGAUUGCAAGUGUUGCUGGUUCUAGUCUUUGUAUGAAAUUCUUCCCUUCAGAUGUUUAUAUUUCCUAUCUUCCUUUGGCACACAUUUAUGAACGGGGAAACCUAAUUUUGUUGGUGUACAAUGGUGGUGCAGUUGGUUUCUACCAAGGGGACACUUUGAAAUUGAUGGAUGAUUUGGCAGCUCUAAGACCAACAAUAUUUUGCAGUGUUCCUAGAUUAUACAACAGAAUCUAUGCCGGCAUUACCAAUGCUGUAAAGACAUCUGGGGCCUUAAGGGAGAGGCUAUUUACUACUGCCUACAAUGCCAAGAAGCAAGCAAUUAUGAAUGGUAAGAAUCCAUCACCAAUGUGGGAUCGGCUAGUAUUCAAUAAAAUAAAAGCAAAACUGGGAGGAAGGGUCCGAUUUAUGGCUUCAGGUGCUUCACCUUUGUCUCCUGAUGUCAUGGAUUUUUUGAUGGUAUGCUUCGGUGGUCGGAUAACAGAAGGUUAUGGAAUGACUGAGUCUUCCUGUAUUAUAAGCUUAAUGGAUGAGGGCGAUACAUUAUGCGGACACGUUGGGUCUCCUAAUCCUGCUUGUGAAAUAAAGCUGAUGGAUGUUCCGGAAAUGAAUUACACCUCUGAUGAUGAGCCUUAUCCUCGUGGCGAAAUCUGUGUCCGGGGCCCUAUUGUCUUCCCAGGCUAUUAUAAAGAUGAACUGCAGACGAGAGAAGUAGUUGAUGAGGAAGGUUGGCUUCAUACAGGAGAUAUAGGGUUGUGGUUAACUGAAGGGCGCCUAAAGAUUAUUGAUAGGAAAAAGAACAUUUUCAAGUUGGCACAAGGCGAGUAUAUUGCAGCUGAGAAGAUUGAGAAUGUAUAUGCAAAGUGCAAAUUUAUCGCUCAGUCUUUUGUAUAUGGUGAUAGUUUCAACUCCUGUUUAGUAGCAGUUGUCUCAGUUGAGGCAGAUAAUUUGAAGGCUUGGGCUGCAUCAGAAGGCAUCAAGUAUGAAGAUUUAAGACAACUGUGCAGUGAUCAUAGAGCAAGGGCAGCUGUCCUGGCAGAAAUGGAUGCCGUUGGCAGGGAAGCACAGUUGCGAGGUUUCGAAUUUGCAAAGGCUGUAACUUUGGUUUCCGAACCGUUCACGCUGGAGAACGGCCUUCUCACUCCAACAUUCAAGGCAAGUAGGCCUCAAGCAAAGUCGUAUUUUGCAAAAGCAAUAUCAGACAUGUAUGCUGAAUUGGCUACUUCUGAUCCAGCACCGCAGAAGGCAUUGUAAUAUCAAAAGGCAGAUAGCAGGUUUUCAUGAUGGACCUAUGUAUUAUUUUUUCACGGCCAUGUAAAGAGCUGCUAGGAGAUGGGAGUAAAUUCAUGCUCUUCUACACAUACAGUUUAAAGUCUCUCUUCCUAAUGGAAAUUACAAAAGAAAAGUAAUAUGGAGGGUCUGAGAUCCUCUGAUCUUAAUAGUAAUCAUCAUUAUUAUACCAGUUAAAUUGGGCACCGCAUUAUCAUCUGAGAUGUCCACAUACAACAUUAUAGGAGAACUUUAAUAUACAUUAUUUUUAUUUUAUUCUA